GCGCCUCCUGAGGCGGGCCCGCAGUCGAACAUGGAGGAGCUGCUGAGGCGCGAGUUGGGCUGCAGCUCCGUCCAGGCCACGGGCCACUCGGGGGGCGGGUGCAUUAGCCAGGGCCAGAGUUACGACACGGACAGAGGACGAGUGUUUGUGAAAACGAACACCCAGGCGGAGGCUAAAAGAAUGUUUGAGGGUGAGAUGGCAAGUUUAACUGCAAUCCUGAAAACAGACACAGUUAAAGUACCCAAACCCAUCAAGGUUCUUGAUGCCCCGGGAGGUGGCAGUAUGCUAGUGAUGGAGCACUUGGACAUGAGGUAUCUGAGCAGUCAUGCUGCAAAGCUCGGAGCCCAGCUAGCAGAUCUGCACCUAGAGAACAAGAAGCUUGGAGAGGCGCUACAGAAGGAGGCCGGCAGAGUGGGGAGAGGAGGUGGGCAGGCAGAACGGCCCUUCAUAGACCAGUUUGGGUUUGACGUGGUGACGUGCUGUGGAUAUCUCCCCCAGGUGAAUGACUGGCAGAAGGACUGGGUCGCAUUCUAUGCCCAGCAGCGCAUUCAGCCUCAGAUGGACAUGGUAGAGAAGGGGUCUGGAGACAGAGAGGCCCUUGAGCUCUGGUCUGCUCUGCAGUUGAAGAUCCCUGACCUGUUCCUUGAUCUGGACAUCGUCCCAGCCCUGCUGCACGGAGACCUUUGGGGAGGAAACGUUGCAGAGGAUUCCUCUGGGCCCAUCAUUUUUGACCCGGCUUCUUUCUAUGGCCACUCGGAAUAUGAGCUGGCAAUAGCCGGCAUGUUUGGGGGCUUUAGUAGCACCUUCUACUCUGCCUACCACAACAAGAUCCCCAAGGCCCCUGGGUUUGAGAAGCGCCUGAAGCUGUAUCAGCUCUUCCACUAUUUGAACCACUGGAAUCAUUUCGGAUCAGGGUAUAGAGGGUCCUCCCUCAAUAUCAUGAGGAAUCUCAUCAAGUGAGUUUGCUCUCUUCUGGAAGGAGGCCUGUGUAGGAGUCUGUUGGGCCUCGAGUUCAGGUGUACCAGCGCCUAACCAGAUGCCUGUGGCCUGCCCCUCUUGCUUCUCCACAGUCCUCUUCGUCAGGGGUUUUUCUCCAUUUCUCCACGCAGCUGGAAUAGCUUCAGACCAACUUUCUAAGCCUUGAAAAGUAUGUAAUAUCACAGAAGAAAGGUAUUGUCAUCCGUCAUCCUAAAGUUGUACAUUUCAUUAGACUUUGUAGCUGGAUAAACCAUACUAGCAAUGUGAUGUGAACAGAGGGACCUGUGGAGCUUGGGCUAGGUUGAACCAUGCAGCUGCCCCAGAGGUAGAGAAGGGAAGUGGCCAGUGCCCACGCACGGCUGCCGAGGGCCCCUUUCCAUCACCCUUCCUGUCUCGUCUCCAGGUAUGGCUCUCACGUUCAGGGUGAUGCUGCUCGAUGGCUAAGGCUUGGGUCUAGGCAUGAAACUGUCCUACUAGGAGCAUCUUAAUGGACCAUUUCCUAAGUUGAGCACAUUCCCUUUGUUUUCUGUGUGACCUCUGGACCAGCCGCAGGCUGAGCAGGUCUGGAAAUGAUUUGGGGAGUGACCAAACUGCCAGCUUCAGGGAGUCCUCAGUAGAUUUAGGAGCCACUGAAUAGCUCCUCUUCGCACCCCAUCUUGUCUGGCUUCCUCAGCUUGCCGAGUUGCCCUUCCUUUGUACCUGAUAAAGCCAGCCCUAAGCCAGUGUUCUCCCUCCUUUCGUCUUGAGUGAUGAGGAACAUUCACAAAUGGCAUUGAUGCUGAUAAAUCCUUUUGCAUAAACUUUUCAGUGGUUUCAAUGAUGCAAGAGACUACUUCCCUCAUUUAAAUCAUAAUUCAUUGUUUUCCUAGCUCUUUGCCAAGAAACCUUUGUAAUGUGUUAUUAUAAUAAAUUGUUUCUUAAAAGAGCAAUUUUUUCCCUUGACUUUGUUGAAUAAGAGAAUGGCUUCAAAAUAAGGGCUGAGGACUCUCAUAUUUGCCUUACUGCAGUUUAACUGCUGCUUGUGGUCACCCUGAGAUACAGUAAAUGCUGGAAAGCAACUGUUGAACUGCAUUUUGUGAAGAAUCUGUGGCCACCCACUGGGUCUGGGCUGGGCCUAGGGUGGGGCGGGAACCAGCAGGGUCAGGACACCAGUGGACUGGAGGCGGUCGGAGAGGAUGGAUUCAUUUUCCUAUUUCUGUGCAGAGGUUGAGGUCCCUCGGUGUAGUUCAGAAGCAGAAUGAUGCCUUCAGAGUUCUGGUUUUAGUGGGAAGUGGGAGAGGACUGACUUUUAAGAGCUUGUGGUUAUCGGGCUUUGAAACCUAGUAAUUCCUAGACGACCGUGUGCCAGGGUUUUAGCUUAUUUUUUUCGAUCCUGGGGAAACAAAUAACUGUCUCUGAGGGAAAGGGUGCCCAAGUCAGCUUCCUCAUGAUGGCACGUAUGCUGUUGUAUCAUUAACACAAACCUGCUUCUCAGAACAGUUUGGUUUUGGGGGUACCCAGACCUGAGGUCUUCCACAAAGAUAAUUAUCCUGCAACUGAAACCGUUUUGGGGGGUAUGGCUCAGGGCUUCUCUUUCUCUUCUGUGGUUAAUCAGGCAGGAGCAGAAAGGUCAGUGGGUAGACGCUACAUAGAAUGUGUGUUUAUUUAGA